CGCCGGAACCAAUAUGCCGUUUAUUCAAUAGAGGCUUGGCACUGGGGAGAUUCGAACCACAGACGUGAUGGAUGUGCAGCUUCGAAUUCGCCAUGCAGUGGCAAGGGAGGCCUGACCAUUUUACCCCUUGCCACAACCUUGCCAUGACCAAUAUUCCUGCAGGACACGCGUCAAUUUCACCUGGCCCUGAGGCAACAUGCCGACGCCCUACGCACGUAUCGGCAGACCUGGGGUUAAGACUUUAAGUUGCAUCAUGUCAAUGACUCGCAGAGACAGUGCACACCAUGUCGACAGCUCUCAUUCUCGGCGCAACAGGCGCAACAGGAAAACACCUCCUUCGCGAGCUUCUCUCACACAACGAAUGGUCUAAAGUUGGCGAAUAUAGCAGACGAGUAACACCAGAAGCCGACCUUCCACAGAACAGAGGCAAACUCGAGCAGAAAACAAUCGACUUUGAGAACUUGGAAGUAGCAGGGUUGAAGGACGGACGGUGGGAUGUCGUCUUCGUCACCCUUGGAACGACUCGUGCGCGGGCAGGGAGCGCAGAAAUGUUCGAGAAGAUCGACAGAGAGUAUGUGGUGAACGCCUGUAAAGCUGCAAAGACGGAUGAUCCGACACACAAACAACGUGUCGUGUAUCUUUCGUCUGGGGCCGCUAAUCCUUCCUCUUCAUUCAUGUAUAUGAGAUCAAAAGGUCUCACCGAACUAGACAUAGCACGCCUUGGGUACGCGGACACUAUCGUCUUCCGCCCGGCUGUCUUCAAAGGGGCAGAACGUGCUGAUAAAAGGCUCGCAGAGACCAUACUUGGCUACGUCACUGGCCUCAUGUCGCAUUUUACGUCUCAUGCGGAGAUUCACGUUGCCGUUCUCGCCAAGGCUAUUAUGAAAGCGGGCAUUUUGGGUUCAUCCGGCUUAUCUCCCACUGUGGGCGCCACGAAAGCAGGAGAGGAAGGGGCGCGGUUUACUCUGAUAGGGAACAAAGGUGCAGUUGAUCUCGGGCAGGGCGCGUGAUGCAUCAUUGCGGUAGUUCACACAUCCUUCUGGUUUCAGUGUUAUGAUUGUCCUCUGGACUGGAUGAG